GUCGGCUUGCGAAAGAUGUCACAAGCGGAAACUAGGAGUAUGUUUUGUCAAGAUCAACCUACAAAAGUUACGAACGGGAGCUAAUUACGACAUCCCUGCUCCCACCAGUGUGAUCCCACGCGACCUUGUCAGUUAUGCCAUCGUGCGGGAGUGCCAUGUGUCUCCCGCCGUGGAUCAGAAAGAGCAAACCCGAGCGCAUUGGAGCGUCAGGCCAACGAGAGGGUGUCUCCAUCGGCUAACCCAAACCGAGACGAGGAGCCUGUUAUUCUUCCUGAAUCCAGUAUCGUGGAUGUGAGCGUCAGCAUGCUCCCGGGCCAAAGUCUAGCUGUGAGCGUGAAGUAUGACACUUCAGCCUUACCAGGAGGGGCCAAUAGGUCACCAAUUUCACCUUCACGCCACAAUAUCCCGUGGCGGGAGGCUGUUGGCGUUUCACUGCCCUCAAAGCAGUCUCUUGAUCAUUCAGUUGACUGUUUUUUCUCGGCAGUGGACUGGUUUAUGAUGGUCUUUCACGAAGAGACUUUUCGGCAAAGGUAUGAAGAGCUGAUGAAGUCGACUUAUGUGCCGGUGCCUGAAAAUGACAACAAUCUUUGGGUCAUUCUACUUGUCCUAGGCAUGGGAGCUCACUAUUCAUCACUCGCCAUAAUGCAGCCUCGCGAGAAGGUUGCCGUGCAACAGCUCUCUAAAGAUCUUAUCCAACGCAUCGAUCAACAAUUUCUCAGGAUCAUUGACUCUGCAGAUGAAGAGGCGGUGCAAGUAUGUGUGCUUUUGGGCAGCUUUUAUCUUUUUAAUGGACGCCCGACCGCUGGUCUCGGGAUCCUUGGAAGUGGCAUUAAGAUUGCUCAAGUUCUUCGGUUACAUCGAGAAGAUGCGAUUAUGGGGAUAUCCGCUGCCCGCUUGGAAUCCCACAGGCGUUCGUGGUGGGCGUUGGAGGUUUUCGAUAAAUAUGCGGCGAUAGCCUUUGGACGGCCGUGCAGUAUAGACGACUCUGACUGCAACGUCGGUACCGUGACACACAUCAGGGCUGACAUGCAAGAACAACCUCGACAGGCAGCACAGCUCGAGUACCAUCAAUGGAAAUUCAGAUUGUAUCGUAUUAUGGGUCCCUUUUUGGGGCGAAGACUACAAACCAAUCGGAUUGCAUCGAUCAAAAGCAUCCACGCUCAACUUGUGUCGUGGCAAAAUCAAUUGCCUCAGUACUUGAGGCUGGAGGAAUACAAGGAUAAAGGCAUCCUAAAAGGUCCAUCCUUGUUACAGAUGCAAGCACUUUGUCUUCAGUUGACAUAUGACAACAUUCAAAUUAUCUUGCAUCGCAGCCUAGCCUUCCGGGCUGGUUCUCAAUUGUCCAGUGCGGAUCGCUCGCCCACAGAUCUGCCGAGUUCAGCUCUAUCUCGAGAGCAGCUUUUCCAGUCUGCGGUUCGGACGUCAGACUUGUACGAUUAUCGCCGCAUGCUGCAGGGUUGCAGAAAGACGCAUGCUACUAUGCAUGUCGGAAUUUGCCUUUUUACUGCGGGUGUCGUCCUCUGCGCUUUCGCAAUUUCGGAGCCUCUAUCGGCUAGGAGUCAAACUGCAAAAAGGGGUGUUAUGAAUAUUUUACGUUUCCAACGUGAUCAUAUUCUGGAUGGACACCUUCUUUCAGCCCAAAGCGUGAAAAUCCUCGAAGGCCUGGUGGCUGUCGUAAUGCGAUCCGAACAGGGUUUCAUUCGUGGUGACAAGAUAUCCCCGCUCACCGCAUCAUCAACUCCGACCGAAGAGGGUCUUCAACAAACCAUUGGAGAGGUUGCAGGUGCUCGUACAUUCAGUGGACCUAGAAUUGGCCAGCUUGGCUUUUCGCAUAUGGGGAAUUUGGCGGAAGAGUCUUCAGACCAUGUACAAGGUAUGUCUGUCCUUUGAAAGACCGUUGUGAUUCAACCUCAUUUCUUUUUGUCUACUUGAUAUAGAACCGCUGUUGUCUGUCCCCGAGGGAACUGGAGACGAGGACAUUGAUACGAGGGGUCUUUCGGAUAGACCCGAACUAGAAUGGCUAUCAAUGGAUUCGGCGGCUGGGGUUAUGUGGACUGGAGGUAAUCCCUACUUCACUGAUCCUGGAUUUGCAGAUGCUAGUCAACUUUGGCUGUGGUCUGAUAAGCCCGACGUACAGCCAUUUCUGAGCUAAAAAUGACAAAGUGCUUGCGCUAAUCACAGUACUACUAUUCCCAAUUAAACGGACCAUGCAUUUACUGCGUG